AUGUCGCUCAAGGCGUCGAACCGUUUCGGAAAGUCCUCAACGCUCUCGUCGACUUUCGGAAAGUCCUCGACUCUUUCGUCGACCUCGGGCUUCCUGCUGGGCUGCAAUGCGCGGGAGAAGACCUUCCAGAGAAUGAGCUCAGCGGUCGGUGUGUCUUUCGAGCGUUUGCGUGCGGAACCUCUUGGCGAAGUUCCUGAGCCCAUGGUGGCGACCGGAGGCUCAUCCUCGCUUGGGCGGAGAUCUUUCGCCCGUCGGGGUCAGGACGUGAUCAACAGACCGCCGUCCUCGCAGCGCUUUUUGGCCACGUCUUACGACGGCGAGUGGAAGCUGCGGUCCGACUUCCAGAAGAGAUCUUUCGGCCAGGAGGCAUCCUCGCCCAGGGACGAGCACCAGACGUGGCUCAAAGGUGUGCUCGGAAAGAGGAAGAAGCCGACCCUCUUGGGCAACAUGAGAAGGCUGGACCUAACCAGCAGCUUGCUGAGAAGUAUGGAGCGGCCGGGGUGCGACUGGGAUCCCCUCCGAGACCUCCGAGUGCAAGGAGUCCAGGAGUCGGAGCCCUCCACCGCUCGCACGUCCCUGUCCAGUGAGACUGGGGAUAUGGCAGACACCAGCAUGACGAGCUUCAGCAGGCUCACCAGGCGCAUGUCGGCCUCCCUUCGGUUGGGAAGACGCCGGAGCUCUGCUCGCUCUGGGCUGCCGCCGAAGGAGGAGGUCAUCGGAUUGCGAGAAAUCUAUGGGAGCCUUAAUAAUUAG